AUGUCUUCUGAAACAACCCAACAGGAAAGUCAGCCAUCUCCACCAAAGCAAACUGGAUGGCCAAUGUUCAAUUGUCCCAUCUCACAACAUCACAAUGCUGAAGAAAUUGCAAGGAUCAGCAAAGAGUGCAAAAGGGAGAGUUUCUGGUACAGAGCUCUUCCUCUGUCCCUUGGGAGCAUGCUUGUCACUCAGGGGCUGGUCUCAAAAGGUGUUUUCUCAGCAAGCCCAAGAUUUGGUGCAUUACCUAAGAUGGCAAUUGCUGGUGUCUUAGGUUUUGCCAUUGGAACGAUGUCAUACAUUGGAGAAUGCCAGAAAAAGUUUGAGAAAAUGGGUAUUGCACCAUUUGGUCCACCAAAAAAAAGGCAUUGUCAUCAUACUUGCAAAGAAUGUGAAACAAAAUUGGGAUCAAAUGAGAAACAGGGUUCAGUUCCUUCAGCAUCUUAG